AUGGUUUCACUUAAGAAAAUUAUUGCCGCUGUCUUAAGCGUCUGUGUAUCAGCCGCUAUCGCCGGCAGCACAAUCCCCCGCAACACAGUUCGCAACACCAUCGAAUUCGUAGCCUGCGACAAUGAAGACAGAAUCAUCUCCUUUACAUCCCACGUCCAAUGCGAGGAUAUUGAGGACAUUCAACACAAGGGUGGAGAGAACUUCACUAUUGAAAUCCCUUUGAACUGGGGAGGUACCGUCAUGGCUAAGAUGCAUGGUGCUGUGCACCCUAUCCACCGUAUCCAAGCCGAGUUUCAAUGGCAAGGAUUCGAAGGCAAGACCCACUACGAUGCCAGCGCAAUCACCAACCAGACCGAUAACUCUGGUAUCCGUUUCGUUUACCCAGCUGGUCAAGGCGAUGUCUACGAAGCACGAAGUGGAUGCACCGUUUACCCUUGCGACAAUGCCUAUCUUCAGCCUGACGACGUGCAAACCAAGGUCACCCGCCAAACCGAUAUGCUUAUCGAGAUUGGUACCUGUAACUAA